CGCCGCGAUUAAGUCGCGAGUUCAGAUCCAACACAGGACACGAACCUCGUCUUCCUUCCUCCGCCCUCACCGUCUCUUCUUCCCCUCCUGCCUUCCUCCUCCUCCUCCUCCUCCUCCUCAUAUUCUCUUCAUCUACCUCCAUCUCCACUACUAAUCGGAAGUUCCCCCGUGACCCCCGCCGCUCCGCCGCUCUUCCCCCUCCGCAUCACGCACCUUUCCUCGUCUCUCGUUGCAAGAAGCCGCUGGCGUUACCUCCUUCCGCCUCCCUUGUUCCUGUCAUCAAUUUCAACUUCCGUUAAGAUACUUGCAGGACAUGGAAGAUGAGAUGGAAGAGCCGAUGCCUCCAAAGGAGAGCAUAAACAUAGGAAUGGUUAAGCUAGAUGACACCUCGAAAUUGAAGGAUGCAGUCGAUCCUCCUUCUGCCGGAAUGAUAUUCAAGUCCAUAGAUGAAUUGUAUGAGUACUACAAAACAUUCGGCAAUCAAGAAGGUUUUCCGGUGUUCAAGAAGUCGACAAAGAAUGACAAGCAGGGGAGGUUGCAUUUUGUCACACUCUCAUGCGGUCGUGGUGGGAAGUCGAGAUGCAAGCGCGAGAAGUUGGUGAAUCCAAUCUUGACGAUGAAGAUAGAGUGCAAUGCUAAGCUCAAUGCGAGAGUAUACGAUGAUGGGGUUGCAAGAGUUACUUCUGUUUUCCUUGACCAUAACCAUGAACUGAGUCCAACUAGAGUCCGGUAUCUUCCACGCCGGAGGAGUGUUACUACUAGUAUCAAGCGGCGACGAGAGAAAGUCGAUGAAGUUGGAGUUGAUGUGGCAAAGCCUCUUGCUUCUUCUUCUUCGAUCGAAUAUGGAGGACAGGAAGAUGAACCUUCCUUGGAGAAGAUGUGCCAGAACUACAUCAGCAACAUUGACAAAGUUAGGAAGUUGUGCCUAGAUGUUGGAGAUGCUGGAGCAGUUUGCAACUAUUUCAAUCGGAUGCAAGAGCAGAAUUCGAAUUUCUAUCACUCGGUAGACUUCAAUGAGGAGGGCCGCAUCAGAAAUCUCUUCUGGGCAGAUGAGAGAAGUCGAGUAGCAUACCAGUCAUUCAACGAUGUUGUUACAUUUGACACCACACACUUGACCAACAAAUACGAUAUUCCGCUUGUUACCUUUGUUGGAAUGAACCAUCACGGCCAACCGAUACUCUUUGGCUGUGGGUUAGUAUCAGGCGAGGAUGCUGAAACAUUCGUCUGGUUGUUCAUGCAGUUGCUCGCUUGCAUGUGUGGCAAUGCACCGAGUGCUAUAAUUACCGAUCAAGAUAUAGCCAUUCAAAAGGCAGUUGAGAUUGUUUUCCCAGAGACGCGACACGGAUGGUGUUUAGGGCAUAUAAUCAAGAAAAUUCCUGGGAAGUUGAGUUGCCAUUCGAACUACGAACCAUUGAAUGCUAAUUUGAUGCAGGUAGUUUAUGAUUCAAUGCGCAAAGAGCAGUUCGAUUUCAGUUGGGGCCAAAUGAUUCAGAAGUAUGGUCUCGAAAGCAAUCCAUGGUUGAGUACAUUAUUUGACAACCGACAUCAGUGGGUUCCGGUAUAUGUAAAAGACAGUUUUUGGGCCGGUAUGUCUGCAGUACAGAGAAAUGAGAGUGUGCACGCAUUCUUCGAAGGGCACACAAACUCCAAAACAACACUGAAGCAAUUUCUGGAUCGCUACGAUAAAGCAUUGAGGGUUAGAGUCGAGAAAGAAUUACAUGAAGAUUUGAACUCUUUCAACUAUUGCUGCCCUUGCGUAAGUCACUACAAUAUCGAGAAGCAAUAUCAGCAAGCAUACACCGAUAGUAAAUUUAAGGAAACCCAAGAGGAGUUCAAGGGGAAAAUGUUUUGUUACGUUCACUCCGUCAAAGAAGAAGAUGUUUUCGGCGUGUACGAAGUCAUAGAAGACAUGGUGGUAGAGAAUGGCUUGAGUAACCAAAAGGUGGUUUUUACUGUAUACUUCAAGCAGCCGGAGUUCGAUGUCAGAUGCAGUUGUCGUUUGUUUGAGUUUCGAGGAAUUUUGUGUAGACAUAUCAUCACGUUACUCACGGUGAAAGGAGUUUAUUCGGUGCCGUACAAGUACAUUCUUCCAAGAUGGAGGAAGGACUUGCGAAGGGAGCACACGAAAGUAAAGGUCAGCUAUAACAAUUGGAACACAACUCCGCAGAUGCAGCGAUACGAUUUAAUAUCGAAGAAGUCUCUCAUGUUUGCGGACUUUGGAAGCACAUCGGAAGAGAACACACAAAUAGCAUUGGAUUUCAUUGAACAGUUCAGGCAAAAGUUUAAUAUCGCCGACCCAAUGGCUGUUACUGCUCAACCUUUUCAGUGAUCCUUAGGACGUGUACCUUUACCUCGACUUUCAACGAGAGUCCAGGACCGUAUAUCACUUGUGGUCAUAGUGUUACGAAUGUAGUUGUAGAUUGUUGCGAUGAUUAUUGUAUUCCGAGAUACUUUGCCUUGCACCAUGCUGCCAUCUGCCGCAAGAGAUGUGUCGAUUGAUGUUUAUACUUGACAAACAAUAUGCCAUGAUUCAUGUUUA